AUGCCGCCCCCCGUCGCGCUGCUGUUCCUGGCGCUGCUGCUGCCGCCGCUGCCCGCCGCUGCCGAGAGCGAAACCGAAAGCGGAGGCCGGGCCCUGCGGCUGGAGACGCUCGUGUCUCCGCCUGAGGGCUGCACGGAGCUGUCGGCGCCGGGGGACACGGUGCACAUCCACUACACGGGCAGCCUGGAGGAUGGCAGAGUCAUUGACAGUUCUCUGAGCCGGGACCCGCUCCAGGUGGAGCUGGGCAAGCGCCAGGUCAUCCCUGGCCUGGAGCAGAGUCUGCUGGACAUGUGUGUGGGGGAGAAGCGGAGAGCCAUCAUCCCCCCACAUCUGGCCUAUGGCAAGAGAGGCUCCCCUCCCACCAUCCCAGGCGAUGCAGUGCUGCGGUUUGAGGUAGAGCUGGUAGGGCUGUCCCGGGCCAGCUACUGGCAGAAGGUGGUGAAUGAGGUUGUGCCACUGCUGUGCCUGGGGCUGGUGCCAGCCUUGCUGGGGCUCAUUGGGUACCACCUCUACUGCAAGGCCAGCAGCCCCAAGCUCUCCAAGAAGAAGCUCAAGGAGGAGAAGAGGAACAAAGCCAAAAAGAAAUAA